AUGCUGCCACUACACUACGACUUUUCGGAUGCGAAAUUGACGACGUUGGGAGAGCGGGGAGCGUUGCGUGAAGCGGCGCGGUGUCUGAAGUGCGCGGACGCGCCCUGUCAGCACAGCUGUCCCACACAGCUGGACGUGAAGGCGUUUGUGGGGAGCAUCGGAAAGAAGAACUACUAUGGUGCCGCUAAAGCCAUUUUGUCGGACAACCCGAAUGGUCUGACGUGUGGCAUGGUUUGCCCCACCAGUGACCUGUGUGUCGGUGCCUGUAACCUCACCGCCACCGAGGAGGGUCCAAUCAACAUCGGCGGUCUGCAGCAGUUUGCUGUUGAGAUGUUCGCUAAUAUGGAUGUGCCCCAGGUUGGUCUUUUCCAUUGCUUUCUCUCUCCACUCUGA